UUGGUGUAUCGAUGCAUAUCUCAUCUUUAAUUGCACACAAAUCUGUUAAAAUACGUUUGUGCCGAAGAAAUAACAAAAUAAACAAGAACCAUAGAACUUUGGCAAGGCGCAGGCAUUACUACAAACAUGGCGCUAGCCAUUAAGAAACCCCAAUCGUUCAUUGAGACAAUAGUUGGCAUUCCGCCGUUAAAAAAGCUACGUCUGCAGGCAUCGGCGCCGCCAGCAAGCAAAGCGAAAACAAAACCCGAACGGAAACUUCAAGUAUUAGGACUGCUCGAUCCCUAUCUACCAGCCAGUAAUAAUGGCAACAGCAUCAUUGUGCCCGGCAUAGGUACUGUGCCAGCUGCAAGCAUUGGUCCCUGCACUAUCAGCCAGACCAAAGAGCUGCUGGAAGUGCUUGUCAAGAUAACGGAUGAGAUUGUCUACGAGAAUGUGCAGAUAGCAGAGUUGAAAGAGACGGCCACAAAAAUAUUUCAGCUAUAUCAGGCGCAGGAGCGAGACAGCGACACCUCAGUGCGGGUGAAAUUGCUCGAGCUCCUUUCGGGCCUGGGCUGCGAAUGUGGAACGGAGGAGGGCAUCACUCUAAUAAUCGAUUACUUCAUUUACCUGCUGCGCAAAGAGACCUCACAAAAAGUACUCGCCCAGGGUAUGAUGUGCCUGUUCCGCAUUGGCCAGCAGCGCCGUCAAAUGGUGCCACUGGCAUACAACACACAGGUGGCCCAUCUGGCCAAGGAGUUGCUGCGCAGUGGAUCUACGCAUACGCAAAAGAAUGCAAUGCUGGUGAUAGGACGAUUUGCCACCUGCCACGAGAGCGAGCGCCAGUAUGUCUGGAAGUUAGCUUUCUACAUUGAUUCACAGGAUUCGGGUGUGCGUGCGCAGGCGCUGCAUGCCCUGCUAACGCUUGGCGAGCGAGGCUCCCAUCUGCCGCCUAUAUUGUACAAGCGCGCCGUCGAAGCCAUGAAGGAUGAUUACGAGUGCGUGCGCAAGGAGGCGCUGCGCUUGGUACACAUGCUCGGCAAUCGUCACCCCGACUAUAUUAUCAAUGUGGAACGCCAUCACGAGGAUAUACGCAUGAUCGAUGCAGCCUUCAGCAAGGUGUGCGAGGCACUCUGUGAUCUCUCGCUGCAGAUACGCGUCUUGGCCGCCGAGCUGCUCGGUAGCAUGACCCACGUCAGCAGUGAGUUUCUGCACCAGACCCUGGAUAAAAAGCUGAUGAGCAAUCUGCGCCGCAAACGCAAUGCCCACGAGCGUGGGGCUCAUUUGGUCACUAGCGGUGAAUGGUCUUCGGGCAAGCGUUGGGCGGACGAUGCCCCGCAAGAGCAUCUGGAUGCGCGCAGCAUAUCCCUGAUUGCCAGCGGCGCCUGUGGAGCGCUCGUACACGGCCUGGAGGAUGAAUUCUUGGAGGUGCGCACCGCUGCGGUUGGUUCCAUGUGCAAGCUGGCCAUGUCGCGCCCGGAGUUCGCAGUGACCAGCUUAGACUUCCUCGUCGACAUGUUUAACGAUGAGAUCGAAGAUGUACGCCUUAAGGCCAUAUACAGUUUGACGGCCAUUGCACGGCACAUAGUGCUGCGAGAGGACCAGCUGGAGAUUAUGCUCGGGUCUCUAGAGGAUUACUCCGUAGAUGUGCGCGAGGGCUUGCACCUUAUGCUCGGCGCUUGCCGCGUUUCCACACAGACCUGCCUGCUGAUGGUUGUACAAAAACUGCUCGAUGUGCUGGCCAAAUAUCCACAGGAUCGCCACUCGACGUACGCUUGCAUGCGGAAAAUUGGCCAGAAGCAUCCGCACUUGGUGAUGGCCGUCACUGGGCAUCUGCUCUACGUGCACCCAUUCUUCGAGACGCCCGAACGCGAUGUCGAAGAUCCCGCCUACCUUUGCGUUCUCAUCCUGGUAUUCAACGCCGCCGAGCACCUGGUACCCAUCAUUAGCCUCUUGCCCACGGCCACGCAUCGACACUAUGCAUACCUACGCGACUCAAUGCCCAAGCUAGUGCCUCAGCUGCCCAUCGAGGGCGCCUCCUCAGCGUCCACAACGAAACGUGUUGAAGAUGCCCUUCAAGCCGUCGGCAGUUCAGCUGAAUAUCUCCAAAUGAUUCUCAACCACAUAGGCGAAGUAUUCACGAUGACUGACGAUCGAAUUGAGCUGCUUAAAACGGCACAAUCGAAUCUUCAACGCCUGGGCGCCAUCGACUCGGAUAUGUAUGGCACAUCCAAUUUCCUGGAGACAUUUCUCUCGGCGCAAAUACAGAUCGAGCAGAUGCAACGAUGUGCCAGCACGCAACGCAGCCGUGUGCCGCUCAAGGAAUCGCUGGCAGAGCUGAUACGCAACUGUCUGAAGCUCCAGCAUACAUUCUCUGGGCUUAACUACGGCGACAUUCUGCAGGUGAAGCAGCUGAGAUUGCGAGCCAGUGCACUCCAUCUGGUGCUGGUGGUACGAGAUAGAUCGCAAAGCGCGCUCGGACCCUGUCAGAUGCUGUUGCAGACGGCAGGAGACAUAAGCGCCUUUAUGCGAACCCGCAGUAAAAACACCUCAUUUACGGAGCAGAAGGAUGUUGAGAUGGACCCAAAACUGAAGCUGAAGUCGCAGUUGGGGCAGCCGGAGCCGGACAGUUUUACUCGAUCGCUGCUGUCCAAGUUGGAUGCGAUUACCGAUCCAAAGCCGGGACGCGUGUUCCGAGAGAUAUUGCCACUGGUGCAGCAUGCGCCGCCAUUAGCUCUGCCGCCGGCCAAUGAGAAGAUUCGACGUUGCAUGGCUAACAUAUUGGAACCGUGUCCGGUGCAGUCGCAGGACAACGUGAUCAAGGUGACAGCCGGCUUGAUUGCAGCCGUGCCGUUCGUGGCCGAGAUUGAUAAUCUGUUGGAGUCCCAGAAAGCGGACAUGCGCAUCAAGAUCAAGUAUCCGGACCAGCACAUGCACACCGUAGUGCCUAAGAUGACAGACUUCAAGCCCAUCAUGACGGAGCAAGGCGAGCACGAGACGAAUGUGCGGUUGCGCACGACGAUCCUACUCUCGCACAGUGUCUGGACGGAAGCCUCAUUGGUGGAAAUACAACUGUGCCUUGCUGUACGACCUGGCAGCGAACUGGAGCUCUGUAAACCCGCCAAGGUACUCUUUGCGCCCAAACCAGUGCGGCGGGGAAUUUAGCCAUCUGAUGAAGUCAGCAAGCGGUCAAGGAGAAACGGUGCGAAUCGUCGUGGCGGCGCUACACGCGUCAAUUGACAAAGUGUAAAUUUAUACAUAUUUAAGCAAACACGGGUAUCUUAUAUGUUAAUGUUAAUCAUAUAAAUUACGUACAAAUGUUUAACUAAAAAUAAAAAGUCGCCUUAC